AUGGCCGGUGUCUUUGAGGACGAGCAUGCAGAAGAAGCAACUCAGUCGGCCGAAGCAGUGCAGGACACUGUCUCUGACGAGGCAGCUAGUGAGGACGGCGAUGCCGGCGCUGCAGGUGAUGCCGGUGAUGCUGACUCAAAUGCCUUGAGCGGUGAGAUUCGCGAACAAGCUCUUGACGAUAAGGAUGGCAGGAUUGAGCCUGGGUCGCGUCAUACAGUUGGCUCGGAACCUGCAGCCGACCGCAAGCGCAAGCGUCGAAGAGAAAAGAGAAGUAUGACGCGUGAGGAGAGACUGCGUGCACUGCGCCGCCAGGUGGAGUACUAUCUCAGUGAUGGGAAUUUGAUCGGUGACACUUUCUUUCAUCAGAAGAUCUCUCAGCAUCCGCAGGGUUGGCUUGAUGCUACGCUGGUUCUUGGCUGCAAUCGUGUCAAGAAGCUGGAGAUCUCAGACGAAGCUGACAUUGAAGAGGCACUUGCUGAGUCGGAACUUGAAACGCAGUGGCUGUCUGCUGCAGACGGGAAAACGCUGCAGUUACGUCGAAAGAACGGCCGGGCAUUGCCAGAUUUACGUGCCGCUGGCUGGCUCGCAACGCAAAUUGAGCAGCGAAGACAGGCUGGUGAAGCUGCUUUGACGAAUGCCAAGCCGGAGCCGAGCAAGCUACUGCAAACUCCCAAAGUCGGAGAUAAGGUACAAAUUACAGCUGGAGAGAGUGCUGGACAGAGUGGCCAAGUUUUAUCUGUGGAAGAUGGAGAGUUCACAGUUUUGGUUGGUGGUGUGGAUGUUGCUGUGGUCUCGUUGAGUGAGCUGGAAGUCGAGGAAGCAAUCGGCAACAAUCAGGCGGCCCGUGAGACCGACAACCAGCCAGUGCCAGGUCUGUUUGCAGCCCUGGCGAGUGUGGGCAGCUUCUUCUCGCAGCAGAGGCUGCAGGGUGGCACUGCCAAGCUGAAACCCGAACAGAGCGCACGUUCCACCAUCUUGGCAAGCAACUUCCUGGUCGAGCAGAUGUUGCUCCGACUCAGGCCGUGGAUUCCUGAGGAAUGCUUGGGCAAACGCUUUUGGGGCCUGGCGAGCCAGUGGACGUUUGAGAAGCUCCAACCUGGUGGAUCGCUUUGCAUAAGCAACAGAAUCUCCGAGGACAGAGGAGCCGGCAUCGGUGUCCGCGUUCUCCUUCCGCUGAAUGCAGCUGCAGGGGCAGAGCUGAAUGUCAAAGUCGCUCUGCAUGACCGCAAGGUUGCUGGCGAACCCAACAUUGUCGAACAGGGGUCGGCCGUUCUCCACAUGCACCCGCAACACCUGGUAGAGGUACGCACACCCCAGCACACCUUGCACUUGUUAUGUCUGCUGCUGUGGUAUGGAGCUGAAGACCACUCCAGACAACCAGGAGGAAGUCGUGUCUGA